CCCGCCUCGAUUUCACCUCCUUCUCAUCCCUCUCGCCUGUCGACAAUCAAUCGCGGUCCUUCGCGCCAUCGCCCAUCAUGUCGCUCGUGUCCGGCGAGAAGACGAACUUCCAGUACAUUCUGCGUCUGCUCAACACCAAUGUUGACGGCAAGCAGAAGAUCAUGUACGCCUUGACCCAGAUCAAGGGUGUUGGUCGCCGUUACUCCAACUUGGUCUGCAAGAAGGCCGACGUUGACCUCAGCAAGCGCGCUGGUGAACUCACCACCGAAGAGCUCGAGCGUAUCGUCACCAUCCUCCAGGCCCCCACCCAGUACAAGAUCCCCACCUGGUUCCUCAACAGACAGCGCGACAUCACCGAUGGCAAGGACUCCCAGGUCGUCUCCAACUCCCUCGACAGCAAGCUCCGUGAGGAUCUCGAGCGCCUGAAGAAGAUCCGCUCCCACCGUGGUCUCCGUCACUACUGGGGUCUCCGUGUCCGCGGUCAGCACACCAAGACCACCGGUCGUCGUGGACGCACCGUCGGUGUCAGCAAGAAGAAGAACUAAAAAAACAAUCAUCGGGGUCAUAUCAUCUGCGUUUGUUUCUUCGUACUUGCUGGAGUGGAUCGUGGGAAGGAUGGAUUCCUUUUGUGUAUGUUGGUGUGGAUUUUUUUUAACGAAAUCUUCCCUGGGACCGGGAACAAUAUUAGAAAAUGCCGUGUCCGAAAUGAAAAGAAUCAUACCAAUAUGAAUGAAUACCAAAUCAUCCUUUCCUCACAUUUCCUUUGUCUGCUGUUUUACGAUUUACGAAUGUACGGGUCAUUCGGUGGCGAAUUAUGAGUAGGCUCUUAUGGCUCGGUUUCUAUGGGAGUGGUCUACCUUCUUACUAUCGACUGAGACGUCCAUACGCCUAGCUGUCGACUCUAAAUCAAUUUCGUGUUCUACACUACGUACAGACGGUAUGGUACUAAUCAAAUGCGUGUAAAUGCGAUCGAUUCAAUCUCGUACGAAGUACAAAUGCAUAAUGCAC